AUGCGAUGCUGUCAAAGAUGUGACAUUUAUGGAGCGAAGCUAAUUGCAUGGUUUAGGGACGAAUCCUUCAACGCUGUCACCGGUCUCAACGGUUCCGGUAAAUCCAACAUCCUCGAUGCGAUCUGUUUCGUUCUCGGUAUCACGAACAUGUCCACCGUUCGCGCGCAAAACCUUCAAGACCUAAUCUACAAGCGCGGUCAAGCUGGUGUGACCAAGGCCAGUGUCACCAUCGUCUUUGACAAUCGCGACACGUCCAAAUCCCCAAUCGGAUUUGAAGAAUACGCCAACAUCUCCGUGACCCGACAGAUCGUUCUUGGCGGUACGAGCAAAUACCUGAUCAAUGGCCAUCGCGCGCAGCAACAGACUGUGCAGAACCUCUUUCAGAGUGUUCAGCUGAACAUCAACAACCCCAACUUCCUCAUUAUGCAGGGUCGCAUUACGAAAGUCCUGAACAUGAAGGCGGUUGAGAUUUUGUCAAUGAUCGAAGAAGCGGCUGGUACACGAAUGUUCGAAGACCGGAGGGAAAAAGCAAACAAGACAAUGAACAAGAAAGACGUGAAGCUGCGCGAGAUCGAAGAGCUUCUGAAGGAAGAGAUCGAGCCCAAGCUUGAGAAGCUCCGGUCCGAAAAGCGUGCAUUCCUCGACUUCCAACAAACACAAAAUGACCUUGAGCGGUUGACCCGCCUCGUUAUUGCCCAUGACUACGUGCGCGGCGGAGAGCGAUUACGAAUUGCAGGCGACGAGUGCGACAACAAGAGAGCCAAGGUUCAAGCGCUGGAAGACAAUGCCGCAAAGCUGAAGGGCGAAAUCGCCCACUUAGAAGAGGACGUGAAAUCGGUCCGGGCCGCGCGCGAUAAGGAACUGCGGAAGGGUGGUAAGUUCCAAGGUCUUGAAGAUGAAGUCAAGAAUCACUCGCACGAGCUGGUUCGAUUGACAACCGUCUUCGAUCUGAAAAACUCUAGCAUGGAGGAGGAGAAAGAGAAGGGCAAGAACAUUCAAAAGACCGUUAGCGAACUGGAGAAAGCUUUGAAGGAGAAGAGAAAGGUCUACGAGAGACUACAAGCCCAAUACGAUUCAGCCAAAUCCGAACUUGAUGCGCAAAAUGUCGAAGUCGAACAAAAAGAAGAGUUACUACAGACCUUGCAGACUGGUGUGGCCUCGAAGGAAGGACAGGAGAGCGGAUAUCAAGGACAACUCCAAGACGCCCGAAACCGCGCCAGCAACGCCGCUACGGAACAAGAACAAGCGAAGCUCAAGAUCACCAACUUUGAGAAGCGGAUCAGAGAGGAAGAGCCGCGCGCCAAAAAGGCCAAGGAGCAGAAUUCAGGCCUCCUGAAGGACUUGGAAGGCAUGAAAACCCAGGCUCAAAAGCUGGAGUCGGAGCUCUCUCGACUUGGUUUUGAGCCAGGCAAAGAGGAGCAAAUCUACCAAGAGCAGUCUGGACUGCAGCGCGAUAUCAGUGAUCUCCGCCAAAGGGCCGAUGGCUUGAGGAGGAAGGCUGCGAAUAUCGACUUCAACUACACCGAUCCCCACCCAAACUUUGAUCGUUCCAAGGUCAAAGGUCUGGUCGCGCAGCUGUUCACUCUCAAUAAGGACAAGGUGCAAUCUGCCACCGCUCUGGAGAUUUGUGCAGGUGGCCGUCUGUACAACGUAGUGGUUGAAAGCGCUGAAAUCGGUACCCAGCUGCUUCAAAACGGUAAGCUGCGCAAGCGUGUGACGAUCAUUCCUCUGAACAAGAUCUCCGCUUUCAAAGCUUCUGCAGAGAAGAUUGGAGCUGCACAAAAGCUUGCUCCCGGAAAGGUCGACCUGGCAUUGUCUUUGAUCGGCCACGACGAGGAAGUCCUUGCGGCUAUGAACUACGUUUUCGGCAAUACCCUGAUCGCCAAUGAUGCCGACACAGCCAAGAAGGUGACAUUCGAUCCUUCUGUCCGUAUGAAGAGUGUUACUCUCGACGGAGAUGUUUAUGAUCCCUCUGGAACGCUCUCUGGUGGAAGUUCACCCAAUUCUAGUGGUGUUCUUGUUACUUUGGGCAAGCUCAAUGAACUGACCAAGGAGUUGCGAAACAAGGAACGCCAGCUUGCUAUGCUGGAAGACAACAUGAAGAGGGAGAAGAAGAAGCUCGAUGCUGUUCGUUCGAUUAAGCAGGAGCUUGACCUCAAGACCCACGAGAUCAAGCUCACCGAAGAGCAGAUCAACAACAACUCGUCGUCGUCGAUCAUUCAAGCUGUUGAGGAGAUGAAGGCGAAUAUUGAGCAGCUCAAGAAAGACAUUGUUGACGCCAAGUCUCGCCAAACCGAAGCAUCCAAGGAUAUCAAACGAAUCGAGAAGGACAUGAGCGAAUUCAGCAACAACAAAGACAGCAAGUUAGCAGAGCUGCAAGCUUCAGUUGAUUCGCUCAAGAAGAGUCUCACCAACAAUUCAGCCUCGGUUAAAGAGCUACAGAAAGAGCUACAGUCCUCUCGCCUCGAUUCUGAGCAAUUUGGAAGCGACCUUUCCGCAGCCGAGGAACAGCUGACCGAGUCAAUCAAUACUCUGAAGGCGCAGCAGGAGGAAAUGGAUUCUCUCAAGCGAGAGCAAUCACGACUCAAGGAUGCCCACGAUAUUGUGCAAGCUCAGCUUGAAGAUGAGCGGGCUAAGCUCACCGGCUUCGACGAAGAAUUGCGGGAGCUCGAGGAAACUAUGAAGUCCAAGUCCUCGCAGAUCACCGAGGAAGGUUUGGAGAUGCAGAAGUUGGGCCACCAACUUGAGAAGCUGCAGAAAGACCAGCACACUGCCGCUCAGGCCGUUUCCCAUAUGGAGCAAGAGCAUGAGUGGAUUGCAGACGAGAAAGAGCACUUCGGCCGUGCCAACACACCUUACCACUUCCAGAAUCAGAACAUUGCCGAAUGCAAGUCGACGCUACGCAAUCUGACGGAACGUUCCCAGGGUAUGAAGAAGAAGAUCAAUCCUAAGGUCAUGAAUAUGAUCGAUAGUGUCGAGAAGAAGGAAGCUGCUCUGAAGAACAUGAUGAAAACGGUCACUCGCGACAAGCGCAAGAUCGAAGAGACCAUCACCAAUCUCAACGAGUAUAAGAAGGAGGCUCUUCACAAGACCUGGGUCAAGGUCAACAGCGACUUUGGACAGAUCUUCGCAGACAUUCUGCCAGGCAGUUUCGCCAAGCUGGAUCCUCCGGAAGGCAAGGAUAUUACCGAUGGUUUGGAGGUCAAGGUGUCUCUGGGCAAGGUCUGGAAGCAGAGUUUGACAGAGCUGAGUGGUGGACAGCGGUCCCUCAUCGCUUUGUCGCUCAUUAUGGCUUUGUUGCAAUUCAAGCCUGCACCUAUGUACAUUCUCGACGAGGUCGACGCUGCGCUGGAUCUUUCGCAUACUCAGAACAUCGGUCGUUUGAUCAAAACUCGUUUCAAGGGAUCUCAGUUCAUUGUCGUCUCCCUCAAGGACGGCAUGUUCCAAAACGCCAACCGCAUCUUCCGCACGCGGUUCAGCGAGGGUACCAGUAUUGUCCAGGCACUGACCCCCGCCGACAUGAAAUGA